UUUUCCCCACUCUGGUGGUAUCCAUUCCAGGGUCUCCCCUGUCACGAUGUUGUUACACCCUUCUGCCUCUACUGAAUGGCAGUUGGAGUUGUUUUAACAGUGAGAGAUGCCCCUCUACCCGGCGGCGCAUUGCGUGGGCUUAUAUGCACUUAAUACCCCAGAAACCGCCGUCUUAGUUCAUUAAUAACAACGGCAGGCUUUUAUUUCACUUCUCUAUUUCUCUAUAUUGUUCGCCUCCACUGGAGCUGCAGAUAUGGUUUCUGAGGGCUGUUUCUGUUUUACAAAAUACCUCCUGUUCCUGUUUAAUCUGACCUUCUUCCUUCUAGGAAUACCUCUGGCCUCAGCUGGGUUCUGGAUUAUUUUUGGUAAAACAAGCUUCCUCAGUUAUGGACCCACUCUCAUGUCCAUCUUCCCCUUUGCCUGUCUACUUCUAAUUGGAGGCAUCAUCAGCAUGUUAUUAGGAUUUUUUGGAUGUCUGGGGGCACUGAAAGAAGUCAAAUGCAUGCUGGGAAUGUAUUUCGUCGUGCUUGCCAUCCUAUUGGCUAUUGAAAUUGUGGCUGGAGUUCUCUUUUUCACCCAGAUGACAACGAUUGAGUAUGCAAUGGAAGAGAAUAUGAUACAACUAAUGAAGACAUCUAAGCAGAAUACAUCCCACCUGGAAGAUUUCAAGACUGCUUUUAAUUCAAUCCAGCGAGAGAAUAAGUGCUGCGGAUGGAACAAGCCAUCUGAUUGGAUCGAUAAACCCUGCUCCUGCUACAACAGCACCGGUCUCCUGUUAAAUAGCACUGAGCAACAUAACUUCAACAUGGAGUGUAUUUGCUCCGUGGCAAAUGGCACUUCAGCUUCAUGCAGGGUUUAUGAAGAGGGCUGCAAGAAUGUCAUCUUUACAUGGCUGUCAGACAACACCCUCUUCAUUCUGGCCUUGUUACUGGCUGUGGCUGCAGUGGAGUUCAUGCAGAUUCUGUGUCUCACAGUAUUCUGUCUGAGUCAUCAUUGUCAGCACCCCCCAAAGACUCAAGACAGUUUAUUCCAGGCCUCAAGGUUUUUGUUCUUUGUGUUCAUGGUGUCUUGUGUGGCUCAGUCUCUCUGAAUUGUUAUGUAUUCACUUUAUUAUUGGUCAAUGGAACAUAUUUAAUUCCAGAAAAACUUCAAUGGCCACAAAAAGCUUCUGCAUGUCUUAGGUUCUGAAUCUGAUAAUAUUUCGUAUACUAAUGGUUUCAAUAGAAAUUAAUUAUGCAACCAUGACCAAUAAUUAUGUGAAUUUCUUAAAUCAUAUUUUGACAAAAGACGAUAUUCAUCAGGCUACAUGUCAUGCCUCAUGGCGCACGGAGCGUAGAUAAAAGCGCAGGAGUUGGGGAAAAUGCGGGGCUUAAUGGACGUACAAAUAAACAAACAGACAGCAAAUAUGGACAAAUAUGGACUAAAUACAUAGGACUAAUGACAGCAAUCAAAAACAGCUGGUAAACAUGGGGAAUCCACACGGGCUUAAUGAGGGGACAUGGCACACGGAAAGAACGGACGAGCGGGGCAUGACAGAACCCCCCCCCCCCAAAGGCACGCACUCCAGGCGUGCCUUUGUGGAGCGAGGGGCAACACAGGGCAUAACGGGACAGCACCUGGGGAAACAAAAGCAAAAAACUAAUUCAUCACGGGGAACAGCACAGACACACAGAACAGGUACAAGGAGCACAACUCAAACAAUAAGCGACAAACCACGGGGAAUGCGGACAGACACAGAGACACUAAAGACAGAAACACAGGACCCGGGAACACUAAAGGAGGCACACAGGGACCAGCAGGGAACAAAGGCACAGAAGAAUAGGAAGGAAACAGAGGGGGCACAAAGGGACUGCAAGGCACUGAAGCACGAGGGGGAAACACAUGGGGUACAAAGGGACUAGGAGGGAAUGACGGAAAAGGGGCAACGUGGAGCUGUAGGGACCCUCGGUGGGUAUAAGGCAGGGACUGCCGGAGCAGCAGGCGACUGCGAGGCCGGAGUUACAGCCGAAGGGGACGCCGAAAGCGGCGAGGAAGAAGGCAAAGGGGCUGGAAACGAUGACGAGGAGGGAGAUGAAGGGAAUAAUGGUGGAGGGGGGAAGGGAACCAUAGCCAUGGCAGGCGGGGGCGCAGCCGCGACGUGUCACGGUCGGGGGACCCGCAGGCUGUCGAAGUGGUGCCGAAGGCUGUGCCGUAGCCAACCGACAAGGUGCCACGGGUGAAGCUGGGGGCACCCACCGAGCUGGAGCCUGGGGGAGUGAAGGCGAGCCAGGAUAUCCACCCUGGCGUCGGUAUCCUCUCCCUUUCCAGGAGAACGAGAGACGGGAACCCGGCCAGGAUCUGCUGCGAUGAUGGGGUGGUGGCCGAGUUGACCCAUGGGAGGGGUCCACUGGGACAAUCAGGGUUAUUCUAAGGGGUCCCACUCCAGCUCCUCCUCCAGCUCCAACAAGGAGGGUGGAGCGAUGGACAGGCCAUUAGGGGCUUCCAGGGGGACUGAAACCUACGAACCGGGGGCACUGGGGCAAGGACUUCAGGAACCAGAACCUCAGGAGGCAGUGCAGGAGCAAUCGGACCAGGAAACACGGAGGGCUCUGCGGAGGUGCCAGGCCAAGAACCUUGGGCAGCGUUGCAGCAGGAACCUUGAGCGGCGCAGGAACCUCCAGGGGCGCUGCCGAAAUGGGCGGUGUAGGAACCUCUGGGGGCACAGCCGGAAUGGGCAGUGCACGAACCUCUGGGGGCGCAGCCAAAACUGCUGAGUCUAGAGUCACGGAGGGUGGUGCAGGGGCUGCUGGGUCAGGAGCCACAGAGGGUGGUGCAGGGGCCACCGGGACCGGGAUCACAGGCACUGGAACCACGGGGAAUGAAGCAGAUACUGGAACCACGGGGAACGAAGCAGAUACUGGAGCCACUGGGGGAACAGGAACUGCAGUAGCCACAGGAACCACGGGGGGCAAAGCAGGAGCCACAGGAACCACGGGGGGCAAAGCAGGAGGUUGCGCCUCAGGUGUGGACACAGUGUCCCCUGCUGGGGAAGCCUGCUCUGUCCUCACGCAGAGCAGCUUCCUCAUCAUCUUCUCUGCCUUGUCCAGCUACUGAGGUGGGGACGCUGGGGUGACUGUAGGGAACUCCUCCCGCAGCUAUUCCAAGAGCAUGGCCACCCCUGGGGAGUCCCGCACUGCUGGCUCCCCCAUGAUCUGCCAGUACAGACCCUGGAGGAUGAAAAUCUGUACGGGGUUGAGUACACUGGCGUAUGCCCCUUUAAGGGCCACAGGGAAGCGAAUGGGGCUUGCAUCAGCCAGCAGGGAAUUCCCCAAGGGAUCUGCCCCUCCACAUUUCUUCCGUCCAUUCCGCCGAUUAGACACAGAGGGGGAGUGAAGAGUUUGGGCUGCCCAGAUAGCGGGGGGAGAGGUAGUCCACUAUCUACGUGAACUUGCCUUAUCAUCCACUCCACCACUCCUUCCCUCAACUGCUGUAGCUUGGCGAAUUAUCGGGCGGGGAGAUCUGCUCUAGGAUCUGCCUCGACCUGAGAGUGAGGGCUCGAGCUGCGGGGGUUCCUCUUCACCUCGGGCUGGGUGAGCCAGUAAAUUAACUUGACAAUUACUUGGAGGUAUUCUACUUCCAUGAGAGGAGGUGUUUUCAUGCGUAGUCAGGUCAUUCUGUCAUGCCUCAUGACGCAUGGAGCACGGAGCAUAAAUAGAAGCGCAGGAAGCCAGAAGUUGGGGAAAAUGUGGGGUUUAAUGGCCAUAAAAAUAAACUAACAGCCAGCAAACGAAGGUUGACAUUACAAUGACCGGACUGGGGAAACAAACUGAAACAUGGACUAAAUACAUAGGACUAAUGACAACAAUCAAAAACAGCUGUUAAACACGGGGAAUCCACACGGGGUUAACGAGGGGGCGUGCCACACAGAAGGAGCGGACAAGCGGGGGAUGACACUAUACAUACAGUUGUGGUCAGAAGCUUACACUCAUCAGGGGCAUGAAUGUCAUAUUAAUUUUGGGCUUUUAAUAAUUUAUUUGAAUCGUUCUUUUUCCAAGGUGGAAUGAUUAUACAACAUUCAUCAUCAACGAUUUUUAAAAACAAUAAUUGGAUGCACAAGUAUGAAUUUAUGUAGGAUUUUCUACAAUCCACACAGGGUCAAAAUGAUAUAUACAGACUCAAAUAUAUAUAUAUAAAUUCCCCUAAAUCUUUUAAUAAAUGGUGCUGAAGGUUCUAGAAUAUAUUUUAACUUGACAAGGCCAAAGCCUAUUAACUUCUCGUUAGUGAUCAUGAUUGACUGCAGCUGGUAGUUUCUCUUUGCCAGCAUGAAAGGGAUUUGUUUGACAGCACUCAUUGAAUUCACUAAUACUCAGAACAGUGGGGGUGUCCAAGGAACUCAGUGAAGAUCUAAGAAGGAGAAUUGUAGAUUUACACAAGUCUUUCGGAGUUUAUGAAUCUUUAAUUAUUGCAAUGUAUUGAUGACAUUGCUGAUAGGUUUUGAAAUUUGAAAAGAAAAUUUGUCCAAUUACCAUGAUUGAAUCAUUGCAAUACUUAAGUGAUCAGUCUGAGAGUAAAACAGUUGAAACCAUUGCCCAGCAGGACUAAGAACAUCUGACAUUUUGUAAGAUGUGUACUUUGGUGUAAAAUCACUGGCAGUAAUUCUUCAAAAUCAUUUUUAAUUGGAAUUGCCAUCUAAAAUAGCAACAUAGAGCGUUGCUACUUAGAUUUUAUAGAAAAUUAGCAACAUUCUGUUAACUUGCUGGGUAGGUUCCUGUUAAACCUUACAUUUGAAUUAUUGCUAACUUGCUGAUAUCUGCUUGCAUCUCUUUGCAUGAUAAAUAUAUUUUCAUGACUCAUGAGGAUGAUGCUACAGGUUGGGCAGUUACAUGUCCACAGACAGGCUUGUUCCAUGACCUCAAUGAACAUCCCUCUCAAACAUGGGCUCCAGCAAUUCAUCAGUUAAUAUCAUCUUCUGAGCUCAGCAUAAAUGCAGUGCUGGAGUUGCUGGUGUUGUGAAGCUUAGUGAAGCAAGGAUGCAUGUGAGCAUGGCAUUUGUGCAAUCAAGUGUGUGCAGUGCUUCUCCCUCUGAGCGUACACUUCUUGUCUUUACAACCAUGUUUUCCAAUGCGUCUGAGCUUCUGUGCAGUGCUCUGAGAAACAGAUAAAACCUGGUUUAUUUCUCUGUAUGCUCUGCAUAUGUCACUGAUAUUUCUCUGUCUCCCUCAAUCUCCUCAGAGAUUUUUACAUGGAAUAUUGGCAAGGUUGGUCGUAUAGCGCUCAUAUGUUCUCAGUAAAGCAAAUGUGUUGUGUAGGAUCAUGUGUUGCACAAAUACAGGAAUUCAUGGAUUUUUCUUCUCUGUAAAAAUAGUUUAUGGAUAAGCACUGAUGUUUAUUAUGCAGCAUGCACACCUUUCAUAAUAAAGGCCACCUGUUUUCUCUCUC